GGAGGGGGGAGCCGCCGCUCUGGUAUUUAACGGAGAGCCGAAGAGAGCUCAGACAGCACGGAAAGCGAGAUCGGAGCAAGCGAGCAGAGCGAUUUCAGCACCAGCACCGAGGACAGCGACACACGUAGCACCACAGCAAAGUUUCCCAUCAUGGUUCUCAUCUGGACCCAGUUCGGUGUGAAGCACAAAAAUGGCAAUGUCAAGUGCAAAGUGCGAGUCAUGCACAGGGGGGACAGCUCCGGCUCGUCGUCCUCAGCGGAAAGCACCAGGUCAGAGCAGGAUGUUCCCUGUCUGCCCAUCAAACCCGCAGGCAAAGACUUCUAUAAAGUCCUGGGUGUCUCCCCCGAAUCCAAUGAAGACGAGAUCAAGAAAGCCUACAGGAAAAUGGCCCUCAAGUUCCACCCAGACAAGAACAGCGAUGCUGAUGCAGAGGACAGGUUCAAAGAGAUCGCAGAGGCCUACGAGAUCCUGACUGACCCCAAAAAGAGAAGCAUAUACGACCAGUUUGGAGAAGAAGGCCUUAAAAACGGAGGCAACAUUUUCCGCAGCAAUUUCCAGGGCGACCCCCACUCCACCUUCUCCUCCUUCUUCAAUGGCUCUGACCACUUCGACAUCUUCUUCGGCAAUGAAGAGGGUGACGACGACCUCUUCAACCCCUUCAGACGGUUCACCUUCAGCCACGUGAGCGGGUCUGCGGGCCCCGAGGGCGGCCUGCGGAAAGGCCCGAGGCGCUUGCAGGGUGAAGUAGUGGUGCACGACCUGCUGGUGACCCUGGAGGAGGUGAUGCAGGGCUGCACCAAGCAUGUGAAGAUUACCCGCAGCCGCCUCAACCCCGAUGGCCGCACCUUGCGAACAGAAGAGAAGGUGCUGAAUGUGGUGGUAAAGAAAGGCUGGAAAUCGGGAACCAAGAUCACCUUCCCCAGGGAGGGAGACGAGACCCCCAACAGCGCCCCCGCAGACAUCACCUUCAUUCUCAGGGACCAGGAGCAUCCUCAGUACAAGAGAGAGGGCUCCAACCUCGUCUACACGGCCAAGAUCACCCUUAAAGAGGCUCUCUGCGGCUGCACAGUAAACGUUCCAACGCUUGACAACCGGAUGAUGCCUCUACCUUGCAGCGAUGUCAUCAAACCCGGUGCCGUCCGCCGGCUGAGGGGCGAAGGCCUUCCCCUGCCCAAAAGCCCAUCCCAGAGAGGCGACUUGGUGGUUGAGUUCCAGGUGGCCUUCCCAGACAGAAUCCCACCACAGUCCCGAGAGAUCAUCAAGCACAGCCUGGCCCAGUGCUAGCCGGGUAACUGUUACCAGUUCACAAACACAGCCUUGCCCGAGGUGCUAUCACAACCAAAUCACAACCUCUUAUUGUGUUUGGAAGCGGCAAGCGGCGCUUAAGCGAGUUGUAGAUCACGUGCAACUUUUUGCGAGGAGAUGACUUUCUGCGGGCGCUCGGCACGAUGCACACCAACUUAGCGAUGCUGUGCGAGCAGUGAGUUGAGAGCUGAUUAAUGGGGGUCUUUGGUAUCUGAGGGCAUCCAUUGACUCGAUAGCCUUUCUCUUGAAUGAGUUAUCUGUACUGUUAUACUUGCAAACCUUUCGCAGGAUAUCAGUGUGCUAUUCAAGUCUGUAUAGACUUCCUUAAACCUCAAUGGUAGAAACAUGUAAGGGAAAUAACACAACUUUAGUAUUAUUAUUAUUAUUACUUCUACUACUGUCAUCAUUAUAGUUAUAUGGUGUUCAUAUGACUGAUCUUUUGCAUUGAUUUAUUACAAUAGCAAACAUACUUGUCUACAAAGAUCUACUUUGUGUACAAAAUGCUGAAACACUGUCUCUAAAAGAGAUUCAUCUGUCAAAUGUUCUAUUGAAUGAUUUGAAAUGUCUGUAUAUAAUCUGCGAUGAGCCACCUGCUGAUGUAUUAUUAUUAUUAUUACUUGAUAUAGAGAUGUUUGAAAGCAUGAAAAAUAAAG